UAUUAAGAUACUAUCUCUCUUUGUUUGUCUCUUUCCCCUCUCACGUUGCAAUAUCCCACGGUUCUACUAUUCCUCUCGACUUCUCGAAUAUUUCCAUGUAUCGAGCUGUGUUCAAUAUUAAUGCGUGCUCUUGAAAACAUUCUCUAUUUGUGCAAACGAUGAUAGUGUUUUAAAAAUUAAACUAAUCAUUAUAUUCAUGAUUUUGCGUACUAUUAAGAAAAAUUGAAAAUAAUUUAUUUCCUCUCUGUCUAUUAUCUAUUCGGGUGAAUUGCUCUUUCUCUUUGGUGAGUACACAAGUGCGAAAAUAUCAGACAACGCAAAAGAGUUCCAACAUCGAUGUAUCGAUACUAAAGACUGCCGGGGGCGAGGUUUUGAGACAAUAGUUUCUGAGUGAGGUUACAUGGACUCAUUGAAAUGUCGUGGCUGCUCAAACAACGGACUUACGAUUAGCUCAGGGAGGCAACAUCCGUGAGCAACGACAUCACAAUGCGCAUGUUGCUGCCACUGAGGUUGGUUUUAGUCGCAGCAAGUUUGCUGCUGGCAACUACCACAGCAAACAUUCACUGGCAUCUACAUUCUGAUGCUGCCAAACAUUUUGCUAUCGGCGAACGUCAACAAGCAAUUGCUGGAAUUGAAGCUAACCUUUUGUCUCUUCUUGGUUUUGCUAAAAGGCCAAAACCACAAGGCCAAGCUUAUGUUCCUGAAUCAUUGAAAAAACUUUUUGUCAAACAAAAUACGAUUGGUAUGGCUGAUAUUGCUAAACCAGGAAUUCAUGCCAGAUCUGCUAAUACAGUGCGUUCCUUUUCACAUGUCGAGAGUGAGGUGGAUCAUAAAUUUCAAUCUCCAAAUCGCUUUCGUCUUUCGUUUGAUUUAAGUAGUAUACCUUCAGGGGAGAAGUUACAAGCUGCAGAACUAAGUCUUUCUCGUGUACCUAUUUUAAAUGAAGAUGAUUCCAAUUCAAAAUUGGGUAGAAUACUUAUAUAUGAUAUUUUACGUCCUGGUGCAAGAGGACAUAGCGCUCCGCUAUUGCGUUUAAUUGAUAGCAAACCGCUAAACACUAGGAAAAAUGGCACAAUUAGUGUAGACGUACAUCCUGCUGUGGAAAGAUGGAUAAAAGAUCCUAAGAAUAAUCAUGGACUUUUAGUGCAUGUACGUGGAACUAAACAGGAGCAUGUGCGUUUAAGGAGAAACGCAAAUGAAAGAAACGACACAUGGGUUGUUAAUCGUCCAAUGUUAUUUACUUAUACAGAUGAUGGCAGAUAUAAGAUGUCUUCUGCAAGUCAAAUAAUGGACCGUCGUGCCAGAAGAGCAGCACUUCGAAAAAACCGCCGAAAAGAUGGACGUGAAAAUUGUAGGCGACAUCCACUUUAUGUUGAUUUUGCUGAUGUUGGUUGGAAUGAUUGGAUUGUUGCCCCCCCUGGUUACGAUGCCUUUUAUUGCCAUGGUGAUUGCCCGUUUCCAUUAGCAGAUCACUUAAAUUCUACCAAUCAUGCAAUUGUCCAAAACUUGGUUUACUCAACAAAACCAAGUAUGGUGCCUAAAGCUUGUUGUGUACCUACCGCUCUUAGCUCUAUAUCCAUGCUUUAUCUUGAUGAAGAAAAUAAAGUAGUAUUGAAAAAUUAUCAGGACAUGUCUGUCCUUGGAUGUGGGUGUCGUUGACCAUUUGCUAUUUGGUUCGGUUAACUGUUUUUACAGUGAAGAAUGUAUGUGCAAUAAAAAUGAAAAUAGUUAAAGAGACAUUAAAAAAUGAGGGAACAAAGAACUGAGAUUUUAUUAAAUUGAAUAAAUAGUAAAUAAUGCCAUUUUUGGAGGGUAUGUUGAAUUGUUUAUUAAAUGUUUCAUUGCAUGUGGAAAUUUCAAACGAUUGAUUAACUGUCGGAAUUUCAAAUAUUAGGCUGGUUGUCUAACUUAUCCCAUGUUUAUAAAAUAAAAAGAAUCUGAAAAAUUUGUAUGAUGUAAUCAAAUUUCAGUCUAUUGAUUAUCAUAGAAAAAUUUAGAUACAAGGAAUAAAAAACAAUUUACUAUAAAUACUUCAAGUCCUCCAAAAUUUUCUGUGCAUAAGAAAUAUCAAUCAGUUCUUCUUGGACAUAAUGAUUAUUUUUAUUAAGUCUAUGUGGUUGUUUAGAAAGGAAGAAAGAUUUAAAAAAUUAGGCAUUUAAGAUUUUGAUCCUUGUUGUUUGUAUUUGUACCUUACAUUAAAGUAUCUUACAGUUGAGAAAGGAGACAAUAUUUUCAAAGGAGGAUUUAAAUCGAGGUAAAUGCGCGCGCCAAAAUUUUAAAUACUCCCCCCCUCCCCUUUUGUUAAGAAAGAUUCUAAAACAAUAAUUUGUUGCUAUUGACUAUUGAUUAAUUUUUUAAUCGAUUGUUAAUUGUUCAAAAUGAGAAAUUUUUCUUUGAACAAGCAUACAAUCAAUUUUUUUUGACGGCAGGGAUAUAUAUUGAUAAAAUACUUAACUGAGAAUCUUACAUCCAUAUUUAUUUAUCAAUCUAAAAAAAAGCUUUUUUGAAUAAUUUCUUAUGCAUUUCAUUUUUAUGUCUUAUUUGAUUCGUAAUUAUUUCUCUGUGGUAUCUUAAAAUUCUAUUACAUUAAUGUUAGAUUUUUAAUAGAUUUAAUACAAUUUUUCAAAUAUUUGAACAAAGAUAUCUCAGGCGUUUAUCAAACAUUCCAUUUUCCAAUUCCAUUUUUAAUUAAAUAACAUAAUAUGCUAAAAUAUGAGCAGUAUUAAACAAUACUGAAUUAUUACCAGAGUACAUAUAUUUUGAAAUAUCAUUUAAUCUCUUUACAGAUAUUAUCUUUUCAUCGAAUAUACAUAUAAGAUUUUUGUAUUUUAUUGGAAUUAAUAAUUAAUUAAAACAAGUUCUAAACGUUGUAUAUAAAAUGUUUUUAAAGUAUUUAUACAAUCUGUAUCAAGUUUUAUUAGUUCACUAAUACAAACGGAAACUAAUUAUUACAUGUUCUUUCUUCUAAUAAAUACUGAAUGUAUUAAGGACUUGUAACAACUUGUUUAAGAACUUGUAAAAACUCUUAAAAACACGUAUUUUAUGCCAUAAUUAGAUAUUGUACAGCUUGAAAAGUAUAAUAAUAAUAAUUUACCAUCUUAAACAGGGUACACAAUAAAUUUUAAAAUCUCUUUUCUCCUAAACAUAAUUUCUUAUUGCCUGAAUUUGGCUCUUUAUAGUUUAUAAAUUUGAUUUGUUAAUUCAUUAAUGUUGAAGGUACAAAAUAUCUUAAAAUAAAUUCUUCCUGCCGUCAAGAAUAAACCGUACCUGCCUGAGGAACAAUUAUUUAUGUUAGCAGAGAAAUCUGAGCGUAUGUAUAUUUGUAUAAAAACAAAAAGAGAUGAAUAUGAUUUUAAGAAUCUUUUAUAGCUGUGGCGCGCGUCAGCCUGUAAAAUCUGUAAAAUAGAUAGAAGUAAAAAACGACUAAUGUAAAUAGUGCGUCUGUAUAGUGAAUUAGUAUAUAUAGUAUUCUAUUUGAUGUUUUUAUUAAUAUUUUUACAUCUUUCGAUUGUACACAAAUAUUGCGUGUGUAAAUAGUGAAUAAAUUUUAAUAAAAAUAUAUGUUAAAUUACACUCACGCACGUUUUUGUACCUAAAUAGAAAAAAUAAAUAGUAGUUACAAGAAAA